AUGGCCGUACAGUUCAUGUUCGGCGUUCCGGUUCCGGUGACAACACCAAAGCCAAAGCCAGCACCGGAGGCGGAUAAUCGGAUAUGGUCGCUGUACGUGGGAGACCUGGACCCACAAGUCACGGAAGCAGACCUCAUUGAUAAGUUUCGUUUAAUAGGUCCCAUUGCCUCUGUGCGUCUCUACCGUGAUUCUUUCACCGGCGACUCCCUUCGCUACGCCUACGUCAACUUCUUCACGUUAUUAGACGCGUCCACGGCUUUAUGUUUUCUCAACCACAAGGUGCUCAAGGGAAAACCCAUAAGAAUCAUGUGGUCGCAGAGAUACCCUUUGACAAGAAAAACGGGUAUUGCAAAUCUUUUUGUUAAAAACCUUCACCCGUCAUUCACCAGUGCUCAAUUACAGACUAUGUUCUCCACGUUUGGGAAGAUAUUAUCUUGCAAGGUCGCUGCAGAGAAUGGCAAGACGAAGGGUUUUGGUUUCGUGCAAUAUGAUUUUGGACAAUCUGCUAUGACUGCUCGUAAUGCUCUACAUGGUACACUGGUUAAGGGGAAGAAAAUGUAA